UAACGCACAGGCUGAGCGAGACGCCAUUAGCUGGGAGAGGAGUCUGGAACCGCAGCAGGCAGAAGGGGUCACCUCGCUGUCAAAACCUGUUUUUCUCCUAUUUAUGACGACAUACGCGUGAAAGUUGGAGCCACUCGCGCUGUCGGCUGGUUUUGCUGCGGUUUUGUGUGUUUGAGGGGCGGUCUGAUGUGAGCUGCGCCAGACCUCUGUCCGGGGGGUUAGCUUAGCAUCGCGGCUAAAGGAGAGGCUGUUUAGACCAGGAAGGGAAAGCGGGGGGGGGUUUCGUUUUUUGGGGGGGUUGUUUUGUUUAAAUCAUGGCAUCUGGAGCGACGGGCGGUAACAACAACAAGACCUACUCCUUCAAGGUAGUUUUGCUGGGGGAAGGCUGCGUCGGGAAGACGUCGCUGGUGCUGCGCUACUGUGAAAACAAGUUCAACGAUAAACACAUCACGACUCUCCAGGCAUCCUUCCUCACAAAGAAGCUCAACAUUACAGGGAAGAGGGUGAACUUGGCCAUCUGGGACACAGCAGGUCAAGAGAGGUUCCAUGCAUUAGGUCCCAUCUACUAUAGAGACUCCAAUGGAGCCAUCCUAGUGUAUGACAUCACAGACGAAGACUCCUUUCAGAAGGUGAAGAACUGGGUGAAAGAGCUGAGGAAAAUGUUGGGCAACGAGAUUUGUUUAUGUAUAGUUGGGAACAAAAUCGACCUGGACAAGGACAGACACGUGUCGGUGGAGGAGGCUGAGAGUUAUGCAGAGUCAGUAGGGGCCAAACACUACCACACGUCAGCCAAGUUAAAUAAAGGAAUCGAGGAGCUCUUCCUGGAUCUCUGUAAAAGGAUGAUGGACACGGCUCAGGCUGAGGAGAGGUUGAAGGGCAACGGUGCCAGCCAAUCAGCAUCGAGUAGGCGGGGCGUACAGAUCAUUGAUGACGAGCCACAGGCCACGCCCGCCGGGGGUUGCUGCUCUUCUGGCUAGCGCCUCCCCACUGCGACACACACACCUUAACAUCUACAUGUAGUCCCACCCAGACGCUAUGUCCCCACCAGCGAGCAGCUGAGACUCGUCCCGUCAUCCCCACAACUCAUCUACACGUUCCUCUGGUUUCAUGCAGCGCUGAGGCCGCGGAGGCCGCGGCAGCGCUGCCACCACACACGAGGAAGUCUCAUUUGGCAUCAUUUAACUAAACUCCCCCCGGUCUGUGGUCCUUAAGAACAAAGUGGUUUGGUGUAGAUAAGUCCUGUAAGGUUGCUUGUUACAUAUCAACAGGAGGACCACAUCAGUCAGACCACGUCAGUCAGACCACACAGGGUGGGUGUGAGGUGGGAGGAGGUGUUGUAUGUGGUCCAUCUUGCAGCGUCGCCGUGCUGUGGCAACAGCCAUUUUGUUCACUUGUUGACAAACAUUCAGAGGCCUUUCACCUUGCAGGGGAGACCACACACACACAUAUAGACCCCCCCAUUUAAUAACUACACCACCCCAUUUAAUAACUACACCCCCCCCCAUUUAAUAACUAAAACUCAGUACAGUUCAGAAUGUCUCUGACCUCGACACAGCUCCUCCCUCCCUCCUUUCUUUCUAAUAUGUUCCUUAGCCAUUAUUUGUAUCCCUGCUGUUCAUUCAUAGUUGUGGCCAUUCCUCUUUAUCCCUCCCUCGCUCUCUAACACACACACACACACACACACACGUUUGCGUGUGCUUAGCAUGGACUCCUGUACCUGCACAUACGUUGCUCCAUGUAGAAGCGCGGCGAGCUCUCAAGCUCUGCUGCCAUGUGCUGACACGACAACAUGCCUGUCUGGUGUGUUACUGUACUUACUGUAGGCUAACACAGCAGACAGGCAUGUUGUGCUGACACGACAACAUGCCUGUCUGGUGUGUUACUGUACUUACUGUAGGCUAACACAGCAGACAGGCAUGUUGUGCUGACACGACAACAUGCCUGUCUGGUGUGUUACUGUACUUACUGUAGGCUAACACAGCAGACAGGCAUGUUGUGCUGACACGACAACAUGCCUGUCUGGUGUGUUACUGUACUUACUGUAGGCUAACACAGCAGACAGGCAUGUUGUGCUGACACGACAACAUGCCUGUCUGGUGUGUUACUGUACUUACUGUAGGCUAACACAGCAGACAGGCAUGUUGUGCUGACACGACAACAUGCAUGUCUGGUGUGUUACUGUACUUACUGUAGGCUAACACAGCAGACAGGCAUGUUGUGCUGACACGACAACAUGCCUGUCUGGUGUGUUACUGUACUUACUGUAGGCUAACACAGCAGACAGGCAUGUUGUCGUGUCAGCACAACAUGCAUGUCUGGUGUGUUACUGUACUUACUGUAGGUUAACACACCAGACAGGCAUGUUGUCGUGUCAGCACAACAUGCAUGUCUGGUGUGUUACUGUACUUACUGUAGGUUAACACAGCAGACAGGCAUGUUGUCGUGUCAGGACAACAUGCCUGUCUGGUGUGUUACUGUAAAGCUCCAUCUGUUUCUGUUCAAGACAAUAAACACACUGACUGGUUGUUCAGAAGUCCUGCUGGGCAGUGUUGGACGUUGCAUUUGAUGUACAAAACAAAAUGGCUCUUAUGUAUUCUAACUGUGUCUCUGGCUCUCCGUCUCUCUCUCUGUUAAGUGUCUCUCUGUCUGUCUCUGUUAAGUGUCUCUCUCUGUCUCUGUUAAGUGUCUCUGUCUCUGUUAAGCGUGUCUCUGUCUCUGUUAAGUGUGUCUCUCUGUCUCUGUCUCUCUGUUAAGUGUCUCUGUCUCUUUAAGUGUGUCUCUCUCUCUCUGUCUCUCUGUUAAGUGUCUCUGUCUCUUUAAGUGUGUCUCUCUGUCUCUGUUAAGUGUCUCUGUCCCUCUGUUAAGCGGGUCUCUCUGUUAAGUGUCUCUCUGUCUGUCUCUGUUAAGCGUGUCUCUCUGUCUGUCUCUGUUAAGCGUGUCUCUGUCUCUGUUAAGUGUGUCUCUCUGUCUCUGUCUCUCUGUCUCUCUGUUAAGUGUCUCUGUCUCUUUAAGUGUGUCUCUCUCUCUCUGUCUCUCUGUUAAGUGUCUCUGUCUCUCUGUUAAGCGUGUCUCUCUGUCUCUGUUAAGUGUGUGUCUCUGUUAAGUGUGUCUCUCUGUCUCUGUUAAGCGUCUCUCUGUCUCUGUUAAGCGUGUGUCUCUGUCUCUCUGUCUCUCUGUUAAGUGUCUCUGUCUCUUUAAGUGUGUCUCUCUCUCUCUCUGUCUCUCUGUUAAGUGUCUCUGUCUCUGUUAAGUGUCUCUGUCUCUUUAAGUGUGUCUCUCUCUCUCUCUCUCUCUGUUAAGUGUCUCUGUUAAGUGUCUCUGUCUCUUUAAGUGUGUCUCUCUCUCUCUCUGUCUCUCUGUUAAGUGUCUCUGUCUCUGUUAAGUGUCUCUGUCUCUUUAAGUGUGUCUCUCUCUCUCUCUGUCUCUCUGUUAAGUGUCUCUGUCUCUGUUAAGUGUCUCUGUCUCUUUAAGUGUGUCUCUCUCUCUCUGUCUCUCUGUUAAGUGUCUCUGUCCCUCUGUUAAGCAUGUGUCUCUGUUAAGCGUGUGUCUCUGUCUCUCUGUCUCUCUGUUAAGUGUCUCUCUGUCUCUGUUAAGCAUGUGUCUCUGUUAAGCGUGUGUCUCUGUCUCUCUGUUAAGUGUCUCUGUCUCUCUGUCUCUCUGUUAAGUGUCUCUCUGUCUCUGUUAAGCAGGUGUCUCUGUUAAGCGUGUGUCUCUGUUUCUCUGUCUCUCUGUUAAGCAUGUGUCUCUGUUAAGCGUGUGUCUCUGUCUCUCUGUCUCUCUGUUAAGUGUCUCUCUGUCUCUGUUAAGCGUGUCUCUGUCUCUCUGUCAAGCGUGUCUCUCUGUCUGUGUCUCAUGCCUUGGGGUUUUGCAGAGUUUUGCACUGGCCUGUGUCUUCACUAGUCUCCUCUGUCAGUGGUGAGCUGCUCUGUUCAGCAGCGUUGUACAAAGUAUACGGGACAUUUUAGGACAUUUGACUUUUGCAAGUUACGAGAGACCGUGGUGCACACAGGUGACAGGAAGAAGCAGAAAGAAAAACUGUACAGUGGUCAUGUUCAAUGUAGAAAAUGAAAGGAAAAAAAAGUGGGCGAAAAAAAAAUCACACUUUUGGAAUUGUCAUUUUUUAAACUGCUAGUGUCGAGUGUUUUGUAAAGAUAAUAGAUCAAUUAUAACGAUUUACACAACGCAGCG